AUCCAUUUCAUGUAAUCAUAAUCUUGUAUAUGCUUCAUCUUGUAUAACUCCUUCCCUCCUUCUCAGUCAUUUCCCCAAACGUUGUGGCCGAAAGAUUAUUAGGGCCUGGUGAUUUCCAAACAAACCACACGAAUCCUUAAAAAAAAAAAGACGGGAAGAAGCCUUGUGGGCCGUCCGGUAAGAAGAGACUAUUGGAAGCGGAAUGGAACGAACGAGGCGCCCAAGCAGCGCCUCCCAGGUUGCCAUGCCCGGGAAGCCCUCCUAGCCUUUUCUCCCGGGCGCCGGCCCGCCCAACAGGUGCUUGUGCGUCGCAGGAGGCUGCAAACCACACCCAGCCCUUCCACUGCCUUAGAAUAAAACGCCGGAGGGGAAGGCGGCAGGGGAGGGGAGGGGAAGGCUUCGCCAUGUCGGACGCCCCCGCCGGUUGCAGGGCGUUUGUUUGGCUGCGGCGCGGCUGCGGGGCCCUGGCCCACCUGGCGGCUUGGGGGAUGACCGUUUUUCUGCUGCUGCUCUCCAGGCCUGGCACUAGUUUAUUUUCCUGGCACCCGGUGUUCAUGUCAAUUGCAUUCUGCCUCUGCCUCACGGAAGCCAUCCUGAUCUUCUCUCCAGAGGGCACUCUUUUCUUCUGCUCCCACAAAGUAAAAGUGCAGCUGCAUUGGAUUACACAGAUGUUGGCCCUCAUGGCUGCCACCUUGGGAUUGGUCUUCAUUAUCUCCAGCAAGAACCGGAGUGAACUCCCACACUUUAUCUCCUGGCACAGCACCCUGGGUCUUCUGACCAUAUUGGCCACCUGUGGGCAAGUCCUGUGUGGGUUGGGUCUUCUGUUUCCACAGCUACUAAGGAUUUCAUUAGUGGCUCAGCUCCGGAGAUGCCACACCGUGUAUGGACUGAUAGUUUACUUGCUGUCCACUUUUACUAUAGUCCUGGGCAUUUGCUCUGACUGGUUUCAGGCCCAGAUCAAAGGCGUGGCUUGGUAUUUAUGUCUGGGAUUGAUCUUCUAUCCAGCCCUGGUCAUUGUGAACCAGACUUCUAGAACUUGUUUGUCGAAGAAGAGACAGUAUAUUUGAGAACUGAUCUCAGUAGGACGCCCAGGAAUCAACAUUUCAACACUAUUAUUUGUAUGUUCUCUUUUUAUCAUGAUCUUUAUUACAUUCCCCUUUGAUUUUCUAUGCAUUCUGCUUCUUUUGUUCCAUAGGUUGGUUGGGAAAUUACUAGAGGAAAUUACAAGUUAGAAUUCACUCAGGCAAGGGAUUAUUUUCUUAACAUACAGCAAUGCGUGUAUCUAAUUAUACCGGAAAUGUUAACAUUAUUUUUAAAAAUGUUUUAUUAAAGUUUAU